AUGCCUUACUAUGUCCGACUCCUAAAACAACCACAGAUCUCGAAGCAGAAUGGCAAGGCCGCUGUGGUUACCGCCUUGAUCACUAUCACCACGGAUCUUGGUGACUCGUUUCUCGCUGAGGAUGUUCAACUUGAUGCAACUGUGCAUUUUGCACGACCAGCUACCCCAUUAACAACGACCGUUUGUUGGAAAGCAAGCAAUCGCGAACAGAAAAUAAUACUUGGGCCUCUAAGACAAGACCUAAUUGAUUGUCCGGUUCAAGUUAGUGUUCGUCCUGCGAGUCUGGUAGAUGCCGAUUGCCUAGAGGGAGCUUGUAUUCCUAAAAUCAUCUCUGCCUGGAGCCCAUGGUUUGAUAGCUCUUCAGGAAAGCCUGUGGAGAAGCUCGUGUUGAGGCGCUUCAAAACUAGGAGAGGGCCGGAGUUGCAGAUAUGGGAGGAGACUGGAAACAGCAUCGCUCGGCACAUCUGGGAUGCUGCUUUGGCAGCCAUUGUUGAGUUUCAGGACAGUUUAACCCAUGGCAGCGGGAAUUUGCUUCGACAUGAUGACAGCAGCCCUUUCAAUGUGGUAGAACUAGGGUCAGGGUGUGGGAUUGUAGGUAUUGCCCUGGCGCAGAUGAUGCCAAACUGCUCUGUGCUUCUCACGGAUCUGGAAGAAGUGCGGGAGAUUGUGCAGCGCAAUAUCUCGACAGCCCAGCCAGCUAAAAACUCACAAAUUGAAUUUCACACCCUGGACUGGGACGAAGACCUCCCUGAGGGGAUUAGGGCUCGUCGCCACGACUUGAUCUUCCUGUCGGACUGCACCUACAAUUGCGAUGCACUGCCGGCCCUGGUGGAGACCAUUCGAAAACUACUGGAUAUUUCCCCCGAUGCGCAGGUGCUUGUGGCGUGGAAGAAGCGAUGCGAGAGCGAGAUGGUGUUUUUCGACUUGAUGCAAUCUGCAGGAUUAGCCGUUCGAGGGCGACCAAGCCAUCGCCUCCAGCAGUCUUCCAGCCCGGAAAGCGAUGACGAAGAGACACCGAGAGUCCAAAUUCUCCGCUUUGGAAGCUUGGUCCACACGGGGGCUCCUAGUUGA